ACGUGGUCUGACGCGCGCGGCGGGGCGGGGCGGGCGGCGCGAGUCCCGGGCGCCGCCGCCGCCACCUUCCGCACACCAGCAGCGCGGGGCUCUGCGGAGCCGCGGGAGCGCCAAUGCCCGGACCGACCCAAGCCCUCUCCCCAAAUGGCGAGAACAACAACGACAUCAUUCAGGAUAACGGGACCACCAUCAUCCCCUUCAGGAAGCACACGGUGCGGGGGGAGCGCUCCUACAGUUGGGGAAUGGCGGUCAACGUGUACUCUACCUCUAUAACCCAAGAGACUAUGAGCAGACAUGACAUCAUCGCAUGGGUUAAUGAUAUAUUAGCUUUAAACUACACAAAAGUUGAACAACUCUGUUCAGGAGCAGCUUACUGCCAGUUCAUGGACAUGUUGUUCCCCGGCUGCAUUAGUUUGAAGAAAGUAAAGUUUCAAGCAAAGCUGGAGCAUGAAUAUAUUCACAACUUCAAACUUCUGCAGGCAUCGUUUAAAAGAAUGAAUGUGGAUAAGGUAAUUCCUGUGGAAAAACUGGUCAAAGGGCGCUUCCAAGACAACUUAGAUUUCAUUCAGUGGUUUAAGAAGUUCUUUGAUGCUAACUACGAUGGGAAGGAAUAUGAUCCUGUGGAAGCUCGACAAGGCCAAGAUGCUCUUCCCCCACCAGAUCCUGGUGAACAGAUCUUCAACCUGCCCAAAAAGUCCCACCAUGCAAACUCUCCAACUGCAGGUGCUGCUAAAUCCAGUCCAGCUUCUAAACCAGGAUCAACACCCUCUCGCCCAUCUUCAGCAAAAAAAGCUGCACCAAGCAGCUCAGCAUCCAAAUCAGAUAAAGAUUUGGAAACUCAAGUCAUACAGCUCAGUGAACAGGUACAUUCAUUAAAACUUGCACUUGAAGGCGUGGAGAAGGAAAGGGAUUUCUACUUUGGCAAAUUAAGGGAGAUUGAACUUCUCUGCCAAGAACACGGGGGAGAGAAUAAUGACCUUGUCAAUCGGCUAAUGGAAGUCCUUUAUGCUUCAGAAGAACACGAGAGCCACACAGAAGAACAUGAAGGUGAGGAGCAAGUCCUUGAACAGCCUCAGCAGCAGGAGGAGUACUGACUCACCCAGCGUCUCUGACAAUUUUCGUUUUGUGUGAGAACUUUCUUCUGGAGAAUGGAACAUGUGUGGCCUCAAACUUGAAAUCAGUUCACUCCCAGUCUGCCAUUAACAUUAUGUACCAUAGUGAGUGCCAGCCAACCACUGCAUUCUGUACCCAUAUUUUGCCAAGAUGCAUUUGCAGACGUCUUCUUUCAGUGUAUCUUCCCAAGAGGUUGUAGGGCUACAUCACCUACUGUACAUCACUGCAACUUCACCACUUGGCUGCUUGAGAUUUGUUCUGCUCUUUUUAAAAAAAAAAUAUUUAUUUUUUUUUCUUUUUUUUGUCUUAAGUAUGAUACACUUGUAACUUGUUCUAACAUAUUUAUAUUGGCAUUUUGUGUGGCAAGAAGUACCAUACCACUAGCUGUGUCUCUCACUUUGUGGUGCUUUUGCAUUUUCUUGUGCAUCUCUGCCUUGGGGCAUAAAUUCGGUCUAAUUGGAAUAAAGGGAUACAGUGGAAGUCAUACUCAAGCCAUAACAAUGAGGUGUGUUGUGAAGGAAAAUGCUCAUGUUGCUCAUGUUUAUUCCUUUCCUGCUUUCACUAAGUGGAAGGCAAAGCAUCUGUUUCACUAGGAGAUUUAAACCCUGUGUUAGAAAGCUUGUUAGAAAGCCGCAUGGUAUGGUUUUUGGCCCAUUUCUGGAGAAACAGACAUUCAGUUACAUUUUUUGAAAACCUUUCCAGUUUUCUGACUAGUCACAGACAUUUCCUAGCUUUUCUUCCUUCCUGAGGAAUUCAGUCCCAGCCUCCAGCUUCCUCGCUGCCUCCACAGAGCUCAGUGCUGGAGGAGAAAAAUCUCCUUGAUGCAAGUGUGGCUGCAGGACAAGACCUCUGCUAUUAUACUUGGCCUCCAACCCCUCAGAAGAAGACAAAGCAGGCCAGCCAUUUCUUUUUGCUAUCCUUCCCCCCUCUGCUUCCAUAGAAGUAUGGAAGACAGAAAAUUAUCUUGCUACUGCAAGGCAUGGGGUAAAAAAUAGCAACAACACAAGCCCUGAACCGCUCUGAACUCCCUUUAAGUGGGUGGUGGACAACUCGUGGGUGUUGAGGCUGCUUCAGAAGCAUGGAGAGGCAAUGAGGAGUCAUUCUGGAGCCAGAGCACACACCAGGGGGGGACCAGCUGACUGAGGGGCACAGAGCUGGUUCUGUGCCUGGCUGACCUUCCUCUUGCAAGGCCAGCAUGGUGCAGAACCACACCUGCCCUGGACAUGUCUGCAGUGAGGGCGUUCCCUUCCAGUGCAGUCCCAUCACCCUGUUCUAAAUGGUGUUAUUUUAUAAACAGCUGUAUCUUGACAUAUACAAAGCAUUCCUUAUUUUUCUCAUAAAACUGUGCAGGAGUCUCAUGCUUGGUAUUUUUGGUCUCUCACUUUUGAUGUUCUUAAAUGUGGGUUGUUACAUGGCUUUGGCAGGUACAUGGAAGUCCCAUCUCAAUUCAGCAGUCACUGAAAAACUCAGAAGCCUCUUGAACAGCUAAAUCAUCUUAGACCUUUAUGGACUCCCAGAGCCUAAAUUGUCAGCUUAUGCUUCCAUAGAAAGGGUUUUGAUUAAUCACCCCCAACACACACACAGACACACAGACACACAGACACACAGACACACAGACACACAGACACACAGACACACAGACACACAGACACACAGACACACAGACACACAGACACACAGACACACACACACACACACAGACACACACACACACAGACACACACAGACACACACAGACACACAGACACACACACACACACACACACACACACACAUGUGUAAUUUUCUGUUCCUAAUUGAUCUUUUGCAGCUAAGUGGCUCUUAGUUAAAUGUGAGAUCCCUGCCAUUGUGUUGCACCACAGACAAUAUAUACAAAAUACUGUUAAGGAUUAGAACAGAUAUUUCUCAUUCCUUGAUCACUCUCCCCCUGCUCAGCAGAAGAGUUUCUGGCCCCUGUGGGCUGAAGGUUUUCCAUCCCUGCCUCCAGCAUUAACAUCACUUCUUACCUGAUGAUGAAGUGAAAGUGCUGCAACCAGUGGGCCAGCGCUUUCCGUUCCCUUUUAGAUUGGUUACAAAUAAGGUCUGGUUUAUACAAAUGUGUAUACCCCAAAAUGAGUAUUUCUGAGAAUUGCCACAAAUGGAGGAAUUGUCAUUUUUGUUGUAUUUGUGUUUAUUAGAACAUAUGUACUUAUUACAAUUGUCAUUGUAAUAAACAGUAGUUCUUCAUAAUACUGUUGCACCGAAGAGCAGUUACUAAUUUUUUCCAGUCUCCAGAAUGUCCUUUAACCUGCAUGGGAUUUCUGAUGGGGUAAGGAGUUUGGGAUCAGGCUAUCAACUUAAUUUCUUCAGUACCAGUCUCUGCUUGCUGCAAUCCAUCCUUCUGCUUAUACUAGAGCAGAUGCAUUAAGAGCACUUCCAAGAGAAAAUGCUUUUCUAAAGGUGCAAACAGUUGGGUUGCUGAGUUCCCUGGAGGGUUCGUAGCCAGGCUGUUGUGCCUCUCUCCUUCUCUCUCUUUGAAGCAUACUUAAGUAUUAAAAAAAAAAAAA